CGGCGUCGACGUCGCUCCCGCUGCGUCUGGGAAGGAGCAGGAGGCUGAGGCGGCUCCUCCGCGGCUGCUGACCCGGCCGGGCCUUUCCCUCCCCCUUCCCCGCGCCGCCAUGGCGUCCGCCCUGGAGCAGUUCGUCAACAGCGUCCGGCAGCUCUCGGCCCAAGGGCAAAUGACUCAGCUUUGCGAGCUGAUCAACAAAAGUGGAGAACUGCUAGCGAAAAACCUCUCUCACCUGGAUACCGUGCUCGGGGCCCUCGAUGUCCAGGAACACUCACUGGGCGUGUUGGCUGUUUUGUUUGUGAAGUUUUCUAUGCCCAGCGUCCCUGAUUUCGAAACGUUAUUCUCGCAGGUCCAGCUUUUCAUCAGCACUUGCAACGGGGAGCACAUUCGAUACGCCACCGACACUUUCGCUGGCCUGUGCCAUCAGUUAACAAAUGCCCUUGUGGAACGGAAGCAGCCCCUGCGCGGAAUCAGCAUUCUCAGGCAAGCUAUAGACAAAAUGCAGAUGAAUACCAACCAACUGACCUCAAUACAUGCUGAUCUCUGCCAGCCACUUAGCAACGCGUACCACGAAUUAGCGCAAGUGUAUGCCACCAACAAGCCUUCUGAGCUGCGAAGUCUGGUGAACAAGCACAGCGAGACCUUCACCCGGGAUAACAACAUGGGCCUGGUGAAACAGUGCUUAUCAUCUCUCUACAAAAAGAACAUCCAGAGGCUAACUAAGACCUUUUUAACACUGUCGCUACAAGACAUGGCUAGCCGAGUGCAAUUAUCGGGGCCCCAGGAGGCAGAGAAAUAUGUCCUUCAUAUGAUAGAAGACGGGGAAAUUUUUGCAAGUAUCAACCAGAAAGACGGCAUGGUUUGUUUUCACGACAAUCCCGAGAAAUAUAAUAAUCCGGCGAUGCUCCAUAACAUUGACCAAGAGAUGUUGAAAUGUAUAGAACUCGAUGAGAGGCUGAAAGCGAUGGAUCAGGAGAUCACCGUCAACCCUCAGUUUGUGCAGAAGAGUAUGGGCUCCCAAGAAGACGAAUCAGGAAGCAAACCAUCCAGUUAUUCUUGAAAAUCACAUUUUUGCUUGCUACUCUCUUGUAAAACACACAUAUACAUUAAAAAAAAAACGCUAAAAGAGAGACGGCUUUAGGAUUUGAGUGUUAAAAAACAAAACCCCAAGAAGAAAGCAGAGAACUGUCUGUUGCAUCUGAACUUAAAAUGUCUUCUCAGUACUGUAUGAUUUUGGGGGGGGAAAUGCUCUUCAAAGAAAGGAAAAAAAAGUCUCAUUCUGUUGUGGAUUUAUCUUGAGAUUUAACGUUGUUAAUGCAUUAAAUAAUUCACUUUUUUGUUUUAUGAAUGUUA